AGGCCUCUACGGCCGCCGCGCCGGGGCGCGUUCUCCGCCGGCGGGUCGGGCCCCCCGGGCGUUCCCUCGCCGCUGCUGCUCGGCGCCGUCCCUCCUCGCUGCUCCCUGGAGCGCGGGCUCCGCCGGCCGUGGCCAACGAGGGCGCCCGUGCUCCCCCCGCGAGCCGCCGCCUCCCUCUGCGCGCGGGGCCGGCAUGGAGCUCUUCCAGGCUAAGGACCACUACAUCCUGCAGCAGGGCGAGCGCGCGCUGUGGUGCAGCCGCCGCGACGGCAGCCUCCAGCUCCGACCCGCUACCGAUCUACUUCUUGCCUGGAAUCCCAUUUGUUUGGGGUUGGUAGAAGGCGUUAUUGGGAAAAUUCAGCUUCAUUCAGAUCUUCCGUGGUGGCUUAUUCUAAUUCGUCAGAAAGCGUUGGUGGGCAAACUCCCAGGAGACCAUGAGGUCUGCAAAAUUACCAAAAUUGCUGUGCUAUCACUUUCUGAAAUGGAACCUCAGGAGCUUGAACUAGAGCUCUGUAAGAAACAUCAUUUUGGGAUUAACAAGCCAGAGAAGAUUAUACCAUCUCCUGAUGACUCAAAGUUUCUGCUGAAGACAUUUACACAUAUCAAAUCCAAUGUAUCGGCUCCUAAUAAAAAGAAAGUUAAGGAAAGUAAAGAGAAGGAGAAGUUAGAGCGAAGAUUACUUGAGGAAUUGCUGAAGAUGUUCAUGGACUCAGAAUCCUUUUAUUAUAGUUUGACCUAUGACCUGACUAAUUCGGUGCAGAGACAGAGCGCUGGAGAGAGGGCCGGCCGGCCCCUCUGGCAGAAGGUUGAUGAUCGAUUUUUUUGGAAUAAAUAUAUGAUAAAAGAUCUUACUGAGAUUGAUACACCAGAUGUGGACUUUUGGAUUCUCCCUAUUAUCCAAGGUUUUGUGCAGAUUGAAGAACUGGUGGUAAAUUAUAACGAAUCAUCUGAUGAUGAGAAAAGCAGCCCAGAGACCCCCCCCCAGGAGUCCACCUGUGUAGACGAUGUUCACCCACGAUUUCUAGUGGCUCUCAUUUCACGCCGAAGUAGGCACAGAGCAGGAAUGCGCUAUAAACGAAGAGGCGUGGAUAAAAAUGGAAAUGUUGCAAAUUAUGUGGAGACUGAGCAGUUGAUUCAUGUUCAUAAUCAUACCCUGUCAUUUGUUCAAACACGAGGCUCUGUUCCUGUCUUUUGGAGCCAAGUUGGGUAUCGAUAUAAUCCAAGACCUCGUCUGGACAAAAGUGAAAAGGAAACUGUUGCCUAUUUCUGUGCCCAUUUCGAAGAACAACUGAAAAUUUACAAAAAACAGGUAAUUAUUAACUUGGUAGACCAGGCAGGAAGAGAGAAAGUUAUUGGGGAUGCUUACCUGAAGCAGGUGCUGCUGUUCAACAACUCACACCUCACUUAUGUCUCCUUUGACUUCCACGAGCACUGCCGAGGAAUGAAGUUUGAGAAUGUCCAAACACUCACAGAUGCCAUUCAUGACAUUAUUCUGGACAUGAAGUGGUGCUGGGUCGAUGAAGCUGGGGUAAUAUGUAAGCAAGAAGGGAUUUUUCGCGUUAAUUGUAUGGACUGCCUGGAUCGCACCAACGUGGUCCAAGCUGCCAUUUCAAGAGUGGUAAUGGAACAGCAGCUGAAGAAAUUAGGUGUGAUGCCCCCAGAGCAGCCAUUACCUGUGAAAUGUAAUCGUAUCUACCAGAUAAUGUGGGCUAACAAUGGUGACUCCAUUAGCAGACAGUAUGCUGGGACAGCCGCCCUGAAGGGUGACUUUACAAGAACAGGAGAAAGGAAGUUAGCAGGAGUUAUGAAAGAUGGAGUGAACUCAGCAAAUAGGUAUUACCUCAAUCGAUUUAAGGAUGCUUAUAGGCAAGCUGUUAUAGAUUUGAUGCAAGGCAUUCCAGUGACAGAAGAUCUUUAUUCCAUAUUUACCAAGGAGAAAGAGCAUGAAGCUUUGCAAAAGGAAAACCAGAGAAGCCAGCAGGAGCUAAUUAGCCAGCUCUUACAAAGUUACAUGAAGUUACUAUUGCCCGAUGAUGAAAAGUUCCAUGGGGGCUGGGCCCUCAUUGACUGUGACCCCAGCCUCAUUGAUGCUACUCACAGAGAUGUGGAUGUGCUGUUACUGCUUUCUAACUCUGCCUACUACGUGGCCUAUUAUGAUGAUGAAAUUGAUAAAGUAAACCAGUAUCAAAGACUAAGUCUAGAAGACCUGGAAAAAAUAGAAAUAGGUCCUGAACCCACUCUUUUUGGUAAGCCAAAGUUCUCCUGCAUGCGACUGUACUACAGGUACAGAGAAACAAGUGGCUAUUUCCACACGCUGAGAGCUGUAAUGCGAAAUCCAGAAGAGGAUGGAAAAGAUACCCUCCAGUGCAUUGCAGAGAUGCUGCAGAUCACCAAGCAAGCCAUGGGUUUGGAUGUACCCAUAAUUGAGAAAAAACUUGAGCGGAAGAGCAGUAAACCUCAUGAAGACAUCAUUGGUAUCAAAUCUCAAAACCAAGGCUCUUUGGCCCAGGGAAAAAAAUUUUUAAUGAGCAAAUUUUCAUCUCUAAACCAAAAAGUGAAGCAAACCAAAUCCAAUGUAAAUAUUGGCAACCUACGAAAACUAGGAAACUUUACAAAACCUGAAAUGAAAGUUAAUUUUCUAAAGCCAAAUUUAAAAGUAAAUCUUUGGAAGUCAGAUAAUAGUCUUGAAACCAUGGAAAACACAGGAGUGAUGGAUAAUAAGGUCCAGGCAGAGUCUGAUGGGGACCUAUCUUCAGACAAUGACUCAUACCAUUCUGAUGAAUUUCUUACAAAUUCCAAGUCUGAUGAAGACAGGCAGCUAGCUAAUUCUUUAGAGAGCGUAGGGCCAGUAGAUUAUGUUCUUCCUAGUUGUGGUAUCAUUGCUUCAGCACCUCGACUAGGCAGUCGAUCCCAGUCUAUUAGCAGCACUGAUAUUAGCAUUCAUGUUCCUUCAGAGAUUACUGUUGCUCAUGGGAGUGGGCAUGGAAAAGGCCAGGAAAAUCUACUGAUGAUGAAAAGUCCUUCUGCCGACAACAUACACGUAUCGACUAGUUUUGCCAAGCCUGUGGAUAUUUACUGCCACAGAUUUGUGCAAGAUGCACAAAACAAAAUGUCCCAGCUAUCAGAGACCAGGUCUGUGUGUCAGCAGGAGAGUGAGGAAGGAAAUCAAACAACCAAUCAAGUUUCCAGUGAAGCAACCCAAUCAGAGUCAACGGAACAGACACCUUCCCGACCAUCUCAAUUGGAUGUGUCAUUUUCUGCAACAGGCCUACAGUUUUUGUCAGUUGAACCCUCAGUAGUAUCUCAAAAAAACCCCAACUCUGGUUCCAGCAUGCUUGAACUUGAGACAGGGCUUCAUGUAACUCCUUCUCCUUCAGAGACCAGUAGCAGAGCAGUCUCUCCCUUUGCAAAGAUCCGAAGUUCCAUGGUCCAGGUUGCAAGUAUUACCCAAGCUGGAUUAACCCAUGGGAUAAACUUCGCAGUGGCAAAAGUUCAAAAAAGUCCUGCAGAACCUGAGGUGGUUAAUGAAGUUCAGCAAAAUGAACUUAAAAAUAUGUUUAUACAAUGCCAGACACGGAUAAUUCAGAUUUAGUUUUUGGCCACAAAAUCCUUUCAUAGCUUUUAUUUAAAAAUUUGAAGUUUUUACAUGUUAGGGUAUUUAAUCUUACACUGUCUGAAUCUAGGGGUCACAGAUUCUGGUUUUGGGGGAAGGGUUUCAAAAGUCGGAACCUGAGCAGAUUGCUAAGUCAGAGCUAGGACUACAAAAGUGCAUCCUCCUAGAAAGUAGUUUGUACACUACAGAGCAUUUGCUCACUGGAGAGUAAUUUCAAGUCACUUUGGGAUAGGAUCUAAACCUUUGUUGGAGCAGGGUGGGUGGAGUGUCUGUCAAGUAGGCCCAUUAAGGGAUUAGUGUUUCUCCUAAUUUCUUCUGUUUGUCAGUUCAUUCCUGUGUAUUUAGCUUUUUGUGACUUCAAAGUGUUAACUAGUACCCAGAAGCAUUUGAAUAGAAAAAAGCUUUUCAUUUUGAUGGCUUAACCAUUCUCUGUGAGUUAUGAUUGAGGGUUGACACUAAAGUCAAGAAAUGUAUUCUCAUUUGAUCCUUGUUUUUCCAUAUUCCUACUUGAACAAAUUUAUAAUAUUCUGCCUAUAAACCCCCAAAUCUAGGAGCAUUAAGACUUGUCAGUAACUGAGAUAUCAAAUGUGAAUACUAGCACCUAUUAAACUGCAUUUUGCUGUUUUUAGAAAUGUAGGAAUAUAUAUACACACAUAUAUAUGUAUCAGCUACUGGAAAUUCUAGAAGGACAUCUUCAAGUUUUAACUUUUUACAACAGGCGAUUCCUCAACUUCCUGUCUACAAACUACAACUAUUGAAAAUUUAGUCUGGAGCACAACUUGUGCUAAAACUAGUUUUAUGACUAUACCCCUGACCACACAGAACUAGGGCCACUAACUCUCACAGUAAGAACGCUGAGUAUUCCAACAAGUAUCAGUUUGGUAUCUUUAGAGCCUUACUCUGUUGAAGUGAUUCUCAGCUGAACAUUGUGUCUAUUAUAACUCUGAUAUGCAUUCCACUUUUGUUAGUAGUGGUAUUUUUUUUUUUUGAAGUGUCAAAUCUUGUGACUAUUAAAAUAAAGUACCAACAUUUGGUUUGAGGUGUUCCAAAUAUUUUACUACUUUGAAGUGUUCUUAUUUUAGAAAUGAUGACCUGGAUCAAACAUUCAAAACUGAACGCUUUAUUCUAUUCCUACCAAGUUUGGGUCUUGAAAAUACUAAGAGUUCCCAUUAUAAGAGAAAAUAACAAGCCAAGAUUAGGUGAUAAAACAUGCAUAGAAAUUAGUUCUGAAGAUCCUGAAAACUAAACAUGGCCUAGUUCCAAACAGGGUUUUUAUACAUGUUUAGUUUCCUGGUCAUUUAUAUAGGGCAGACAUCUUGCCUUAAAUCACAGCAAUAGAUGUGACUGUCCACUUGAAUAAGGCAAGGGAGAAAAGAGCUCUUCUGCAGUGGACAGUGCCACUGUGCUACCUGGGUGGGCUUUGAAUAGGCGGUCAUCUUCCACACUUCCUUUUCGCUCUGCCAUGCUGUUCCACCAAGAGGACACAGGCUCUUUUUCUAUACAAGAUUACUUAGGAUGCUGAAUCUCACAAUUCAUGAAUAAUCCAAAGUGCUAGUAAUUUGGGAAGUUUUAUUUAUUGGCAAGAGGGCUCUUUCAAGGGAACUUUUCUGCAAGACCAAGAAAUAUAUUUCUCUUUGGUAAGUUACAAUUUACAUUGGCACAAUAAACAUGGUAACUUAUCUACUUUGUUCUAGGACCCAGUUAAGCCAUCUAAAAGUUUAAGGAAGGUCUAGCCUAUCAGUUAUAAAAAUGAAAACCAGUUAGAAUUCUAAUAUAAACAUUAUUUACAUUAGUUUAUAAAAAUAGAUUUGAAUUUAGGAAAAGUUACUAUUAAACAACUAGUAAUUUUUACGUCAGUUCACUAGGCAUUAACGAAUUCCUUGAUUUUUCAAGGCUGACCCUGUUUCCUUGGUUAACAAUGUCAAUUUAGGCCUUCCAUAAAAAAAAAAUUUAAGUGAUCUAUUUCCAACUAGGUAAGUUACUUACUAGAAGAAAUUAUAUAUAACAUUGAAUGCUUAACAAAGUAACAUUCUAAUCUUUCCGAAGAUCCUUCUUGCCACAAUUAUACAACUUAACAGUAAUUUUCUCUGAUAUUUUUGUUGGAUUUAAAACUAAUUCAUCUGGAGAAAACCUACCUGCAGUUGUAUCAGGCCAUUACUGGAGUAGCAGAUGUUAGUUGAUUUAACAUAUUUAGAAUAAAUGUGGUAAAAUCAUAAAAAGCUAAAAAUCCAAUAUAACCAACCAAAGCGAGUAAAUGACACUAGGAAAUAAUUAAAAGCCGUUCUUUCUAAAGAGAUACUAUUUUGCUCUUUCAUAUUUGGGUAAAACUUUGUAGAGCAGCAUUCCCUUAAGUGUGGUUCCCAAAUGCACUAGGAUGUAAUGAGAAAAAUAAAACAAUGUACUGGGGUUUUUUCCCUCCCCCAAAGCUACUUUUAUUCCACUUACAGGACUAUCAUGUUCUGAAAUUGUCCUUUAUGAAGAAAAAAAGGCAAAUAGUGAUUUCUUUUAGAUUACUUGACAAAAUAAACUGUCAACCCUAUGUCCCCCAAAUUUUUGGAAAGAUUACUGUUGACCCAUGAAAUUCAAAAGUCUGGGAACCACCACCAUGUAAAAGACUAGUUUUGCAGUCUGUUACCUGCUGAGUAGGAAAAAGUUUCUGUGGCCAAACCCCUGGGAAAUGAACAAUACAGAAUUUCACAUGGUCAUGUGAAUCAAUGGUAAACACACCCCAUUCCCCAAAUUUGGACUACUGACUACACCCAACCCCACCAUUAACUGAAAAGACACCUGAAGUGCACAAUUCU